AUGGCGGACAAGGAGGCUACAGUGUAUAUCAUCGACCUCGGGUCAUCAAUGGGCGACUGUCAUAAUGGUAGGAUCGAAUCCGAUCUUGACUGGGGUAUGCGCUACGUGUGGGACAAGAUCACAACAACUGUCGCUGCAUCACGAAAGACAUGGACGGUCGGGGUUGUUGGUGUAAGAACCGACGAGACCGUCAACCCUUUACAGGAACAAGUAGGAGAAGGUUAUGAGAAUAUUUCUAUCUUACAGGAGCUUGGACCUAUGAACUUAACUAGUCUUCGCGAUUUGCAAGGUCUUAUAAAACCUAAUGAUACCGAUACUGGCGAUUCUAUCUCAGCUAUAAUAGUAGCCGUGGACAUGAUCGAGAAGUUCACCAAGAAGCUAAAAUAUAAACGCAAAGUCAUCCUUGUCACAGAUGGCGAGGGCCCUGUUGAUCCCGACGAUCUUGACGACAUAUCAUCAAAGAUCAAGGAAUGCGGUAUUGAGCUUAUCGUCUUAGGUAUAGAUUUCGAUGAUGUCGAGUUUGGCUUCAAGGAAGAGGAUAAGUCAAGUCAAAAGCGAAUAAAUGAGAGGCUUCUGAAAUCCCUCGUUGAUAAAUGCGACGGGUUAUAUGGUACCAUGGCAGAGGCCGUUACUGAAUUAGAGAUGCCGAGAUUAAAACCUGUUAGGCCAUAUAAGACGUACGAUGGGGAACUCACCCUUGGAAAUCCCCAGGAACACCCAGAUGCUAUGAGCAUUAGCGUGGAGCGGUACUUCAAAACUCACAAGGCGACGGUGCCGCCGGCCAGUCGAGUAGUACUCAAGACGGAGCCUAGUCCGUCUCAAGCUGCCGAGGGUGACCAAAUGGAAGGUGUGGAAUUUACAAGCGGAUUUUCUGCGGUAAAAAAUGCUCGGACGUAUAAGGUCAACGAUCCCGAUGCGCCAGGAGGUAAACGGGAUGUCGAGUUCGAAUCAUUAGCAAGGGGGUAUGAAUAUGGGAGGACGGCCGUUCAUAUCAGCGAAUCCGAACACAAUAUUACCAAGCUUGAGACCACGAAAUGUUUCACCAUCCUAGGAUUUAUACAUCAAGAGAAGUAUGAGCCAUUCUUCAAUAUGGGUGAGACGGGUCAGACGAUUCCUCAGAAAUUCAAUGACACAGCCGCGCUCAAACUCUCGUCAUUCAUACAUUCCCUUCAAGAACUUGAGUCUUAUGCAGUAGCACGGAUCGUAACGAAGGACGGAAAGGAGCCAUCUCUCAUUCUACUUGCGCCUCACAUUGAACCUGACUUUGAGUGCUUAUACGACGUGCCCUUGCCGUUUGCCGAAGAUGUCAGAAACUACCAGUUCCCCCCGCUUGAUAAAGUGGUUACAGUCACUGGAAAUAUCAAGCGCGAAGAUCAUCGGCUUCUGCCUAGUCAGGAGCUAUCAGAUGCCAUGGAUGACUACGUGGACGCUAUGGAUAUUUCAAGUUGGGCUAAAGAUGACGACGGUAACCGCACUAUGGAAUACGCUCCCGUCGAGGAUGUAUUUUGUCCUCCGCUUCAUCGUAUUAAUCAGGUCGUCCGACAUCGAGCAAUCUAUGUAGACCAGCCGCUUCCCCCAGUUGCUCCCAUUCUACUCAAAUAUUCAAACCCGCCUGAAGAUUUAAUGGUCAAGGCUAAAUCAAAACUUGAAGAUCUCAUAGCUGAAGCUAAUGUCAAGAAAGUACCACCCAAAGCGAAAGGCAGGCGAGAAAAGGGAGCCAAACCAGAGCCAAUCUCAGGUCUCGAUAUCGAUGCACUCCUUAAUCAGCCUCAAAAUAAGCGUAAGAAGAUUGAUUCCGAUAACGCCAUUCCAGAGUUCAAGCAGAUGGUUGAAUACGCCAACGAGGAGUCCGAUAUCGAGAGUGCUGCAAAGCAGAUGGGUACUAUCAUUCGCUCACUUAUCACAAACAGCUUGGGAGAUAGCGGGUACGAUCGCGCUAUAGAAAACCUUGGUGUGUUCAGGGAUACGAUGGUCAAGUGGGAAAUGCCGGCCCUGUACAACUCGUUCUUGAAAGAUUUGAAGAAUCGUCUGCUCUCGGGUGAGCUUGGCGGUGAUAGAAGAGAGCUCUGGUGGCAAAUGAAAGGGGCUAAAGCCUCACUGGGCCUGAUCGACCAGAGCCUGUCUGAGCCGUCUAACGUAACCCCUAAGGAAGCCGCAGAGUUUUUCAAGAAGUGA